AUGGACAAAGACGAUAGUGGAUCGGACUAUACAGAGUACUGGAUAGACUGGUUCUUAGGAAUGAAAGGAAAUGAAUACUUCUGUGACAUAGAUCCAGAGUAUAUCAGGGACCGGCUAACCACUCUGAUCGAUAUCAUAACAGACGUUUCCGUGAUUGAUGAUUCAUUGCCCGAGAAAAAGAGGAGGGAAAUUGAAGAUGAUUGCAAGUUCCUAUAUUCAUUGAUUCAUUCUCGUUAUAUCUUAACCAUCAAGGGUUUGAGUCAAAUGUACGAGAAGUAUACAGACAGCGAUUUUGGAUAUUGUCCUCGGGAAUUCUGUCGAUUGCAGCCUUUGUUGCCUGUUGGACUGAGUGAUAUCCCUAACCUAUCUACAGUGAAACUGUAUUGCCCUAAUUGUGAGGAUAUUUACAAUCCUAAGUCUGUGCGACACUCGAGGUUGGAUGGUGCCUUUUUCGGAACUUCCUUCCCAGCAAUGUUUUUUCAAACAUAUCCUGAAUUAAUUCCCACGCAUAGCUUAAACAUAUAUACGCCGAAGAUGUUCGGUUUCCACGUUCAUCAGUCGGCACAGUUGACAAGAUGGAGGUUAUUCCAAAGAGAGAAACAGAUGAAAGAGUUGGAGAGUCAAGAUAUUGAUAUUGGCACAAGUACCCCUGGAGGAUAUAAAUAA